GGACGUAAGGAUUUUAAGUGAUACAGCAGCAGGGAAAGCUCUUGAAUAGUUCUGGUAGUGGAAGGAGACGCGCAUGAAGUUUCCCCCCUUGCGGCGUCGAAUGGGAUUAUUUGGCAAGGAUCUACGUAGUAUCAUCCAGCUUGGCCUGGGCUUCAUGUUGAUAUUUUCAGCCUUCAACAGCCAAGGAAUGAUUGAGAUUGCUGUUAUCAAAAAUGCUGCUGAAAAACAUCCAACAUCAGGUAUAACCGAGCAAUCCGGUUACUACAGCUUGGCUAUCAUUUACCUGACUUUUACAUUUUCAAAUUUGCUUGCACCUGCUAUAAUAAAUGCUAUAAGUUCGAAAUGGGCAAUGGUUUUUGGAGGUUUGAUGUACUGCAUCUUUAUGCUUGGUUUCAUGUACAUGAAUAUGUAUUCUCUUUAUAUAUUUUCGGCACUCACAGGCUUCGGCGCUGCAAUGGUAUGGACUGGACAGGGGGUCUAUCUCACAGCCUGGUCUCGGAUUGAUACUGUCGCACGUAACAGUGGUAUUCUUUGGGCUAUGCUACAAUCAUGCUUCAUUUUUGGUGGACUCUUUCUGUUCUUCAUCUCCUUUUCAGGUUCUAUCGUUUCUUCGGUGAACCUAAUUUAUACAAUAUUUUCGGUGAUUACUUUAAUUGGUGUAAUAGUAUUAGCACUGCUUCCGACGAAACCCGAUGGAGUGGCAUGUUCUACUGAACACUGUGAUGAGGAGAGGACUGAGGGUGUAAUGGAAGGGGAAAACGAUGUCAGUAUUGUUAAUGGUCGAAUUAAUUUUGAAACACGAUCAGUGCGUGGUUCAGUAACACCACGUACUGUUAUUUUGUGGAAAGACGAAUUUCACAAUACACUACGUGUGGCGGUAACUCGGCGAAUGGCACUGCUUGCCGUGGUGUUUAUGUAUACGGGUAUAGAAAUGACAUUUUACACUGGUAUUUAUUCAGCAUGCCUUGCAGCAUUUGGACGGUUGAGAGAUAACGGAUUAGUCAUUGCCUACAAUACUCUUGCUCUUGGUGGAGGGCAAGUCGUUGGUGGUCUUGCGUUUGGAGUUUUUGCAAAUAGAUCAGUUGCUUAUGGUCGUAAUCCAAUAAUCGUUUUGGGUACCACUGUUCAUCUGUUGGCCUUCCUUUUUAUUUUCUUGAAUGUUCCAAUGGAAGCACCGUUACAUAGAACGUAUUCGGAGGGUUACAUUGAACCAAACUAUUCAUUAACCCUGAUUUGUGGUUUUAUGCUUGGUUUUGCGGAUAGUUGUUGGAGUACACAGAUUUAUUCACUUCUCAGUUCUCUUUAUACCAUCAACAGUUCUAACGCAUUUGGUCUUUUCAAAUUUUACCAGGCAUUUGCGGCUUUUCUCAGUUUCUUUUACGGAUCUGUCCUGCUGUUGCAUUGGCAACUGUUGAUACUUGCGGUGAGUGCUGUAUUGGCGGCACUUUGCUUCUUUCCGGUGGAGUGGGAGGCUGUUGCGCUCACUAUUCCUCCACCAAUUUUCCCAUCCUGAUCCUUUGUUAUUGAAGUCACUGUGUUGUAAUGGGAUUGGCCAAAUAACUUGAGUGAUUUAUUACGAGUAUUUAUCCUAUCAGUUGACAUUUAUUCUGUACUUAUAUGCUUUCAUAAUGUCGAUCAUAGAACCGCAGGCGAAAGUUCCGUUUUGAAUUUUUAACUGAUUCACUAGUCGUUUAAGUAUUUCUUCCGUGUGAAGGGAAAUUCUGGCAGUAAGGUAUUCUUACUGGUAGUCCAAGCUGAAAUAUUGAAUAUUAAAAGGAGAAAUAUAUUUGUGGUCGCUCAAUUUUCAUAUUUAUUUUGC